AUGGUGUACAACAGAUUAGCUUUUGGUAACGCAUACAGAUAUACAUGUUUAUAUCACAAAUUUUUAAUUGUACAAUGUAGAAACUUUGCCAAUUGUAUUAAGCGUCCAGAUGUUAAAUUGGUGGAUGGUAAACUGGUUGGUGUACAUUUUGAAGAUAUGUUUGCAAAUAAGUCAACGGCUCAUAAUGGCGCAAGAUUUGUGCCACAUCCAUUUAAUCGCAGAUUUGCAUAUAGCAAGAGGCCAUUGUUUCCUAUUGAACCUAGGAAUCUCAGGAUCCUAGGGCUAAAACAUAAGAAAAGGAGAGGGAGAGGUCAUAAAAGUUCGGCAAGGGGUGUAAGAUUUUCUCGACGUAAAAAAGUUGGUUCAGUUCCUCGUAGUAGAACUUUUGAGGGUGGAACCACUCCUCUCUAUAAAAGAUUGGCUAAGUGGCCAGAUGCAUGGCUUUCUCGGCAAAGAAAACGUUUGGACCCACUAAACCUCUCAAAAUUAAGAUACUUUAUAGAGACGGGGCGAUUAGACACAAGAUUUCCCAUAACACAGAGACAUCUGUUUGACAGCAAAUGUGUUAGAGUCAAGCGGGGUGUACAACUUUUCAAUGUGAACGAUUAUCCUUUCCCUUACAAAAUUGAUAUUGAAGUUGCUGGAUCAGAUCAAUCUUCCAUUGAUGUCAUUAAACGCGUGGGUGGCACAGUUACCAUUGUUUACAUGGAUCGAAUAAAUCUUAGAGCCCAUUUGAAACCUUAUAAAUUUGAAAUAUUACCUAAAAUGUCCAGGCCUAGUUUGCCAAUGGUUCACUAUUUGGAGAAGAUGAAGUCUCGAGGCUGUCUAGUAAGGUAUAUUAAGCCGUUGUGGCUUAUAGAAGAAGAGGCCGAGAUUGCCGCGGAAGUGGCUGAAUCUAAGGGACCUACAGAUGAACCAGUGAAGGCAGACAUUGUUGAAGAUAUCGAUGACAUGGUACAGGAGUACAGGAUGAAAGAAAGGACCAAGAAACUAAUCAUUUAA